AUUGAAGACAGAAAACAAAAAAUGGGAUACACUGCUUUCAUUCCGUCAAGAACAAGUGGCAAAGAAAGAAAGGUAUGUAGUAAUACGAUUUUCCUUUAGGUCUUAAUUAAUAUUUUCUUUUUACCUUGAGUAGUUUCUAUCCAUGCGUUUCGGGUAUAGGAGACAAAUAGAGAAUACUUCAUGGAAAGUGCUGGCGUACGGUAUUUACGCACGAGUUGUUGACGUAUCAGAAAUCGAACGAGUGAGCGCAGCGAACGAGUAACAUUUCUGAUACAAAAACAACGAGUGCGUAAAUACCGUACAAAGCACUUUCCAUGUGGUAUUGUGUUUAUUAUAUACAUACUGAGACAUUCAUCAUUUUGGCGGCCUUUUUAUUUUAAAUCUUUCAAAAAUGCUAAAAUUUCCCGCUACACACUGACCGCAAAAUGACAACGAAAACGAAGUAUCAGCUUUUUAGUAAAAACGUUUGUUAAAAACAUAAAUGACGGUGAGGAUAUGAGGUAAUCCAAGAACUAUAAGUAAUCUUAGCUGUUUGUUCUAAAUGCACAAUUGAAUUGAAAAUGAGUGAAUUUAAGUAAAAUGGCCGGUUUCAAUAUAAGCUUAAGCUUAAAUGAAAGGCAAAGUGGCUCCGACAAAAAGCACAACAAAAGCUUACGUCUCGUUCUGUUUAUCCCUUUCCGCUUUGUUUCGCCGGCUCUCUACCGUUUUCUUUAUCGACAGCGAAACAAACAAAACUAUUCCAUUCCAUUUCCGAAAUGUUUUUCACUUUUUUAGCGAGAAAAACUCUUUGAGUAAAACUUUUCUCGUUGAAUGUGUGCGAAGCGACGCUGCAAGCUGCAAUAAAAGGCGGGAAUAUUGGCGCCAAACUCACGCACCUCUGUGGCUUCUGAUUGGACGUAUCAUUUUUCUCACACGUGAAAAAACAUCGUUCGCGAUUCUGAUUGGACGUAUCAUUUUUUUCACGUGUGAAAACCAUCGUUCGCUCCUCUGAUUGGCUAGAACUAAUUUGCGUACGAAAAUUUAUGACAUAGCUUUUUGGUGAGUAUUUCUCAGUAUGUAUAUAAUAAAGCUUUUUCCUUAUUGCAUCUUUGCCUUUUUGAAUUUUUGAUUUAUAUGAUUGUACUUUCUCCUUUGACAACAGACGACAAGACGAAGAUUUCAAAGCCACUGACCAGUGUCCAGACUUCCUCUCUCCUAAGCAGCACCAACUGCUUUCUGGGAAGCCAUCAAUGAAAGGUUUCACGGAGAGGCUUAGCACAAUGAAACAAGAGACAGUGACACAGGUCUGACAAACCUACAUUGUACGCCGUGAUUUCAAAGGAUCUGUUUUAACCCCGAAGUAGAACUUUUUACCGAUACGGCGGCCAUAUUGAAUUAAUUAGAUUUAAGGAGUAUUAUGGGAUGCUCAGCGGGCAUGAGUACGAUCCGAUAUACUCGCAUCAGUAUUAACGCGCGCUUUUCGGGCCAAUUUUUCGGUACGUUUUCCUAGAAGAAGAUUGUAAUGGGAAAAAAAGAUCGUUGUGCCGUGUUUGGAUGUAAUAAUGAUCACCUUUUUCCCGAGAAAUAAACAGUGACGUUCUCUUUUUGCCCGAAAAGCGCGCGUAAAUACUGAGCGAGUGCCCCCUGGGCAUCCCAUAAUACUCCUUAAAUCUAAUAAAUUCAAUAUGGCCGCCAUAACGGUAAAGAGGUCUAUUGGAAACUUUCGGUACUCAAAAUGCGGUCGGUUAUUUUUGAGUCCAACUUGGCUGCCCAAAUAAGGACCAAAAUUUAUUCUGCGUGGCAGGCGCUCGUUAAUUUUUUUGUUGGUUUAAUUUAGAGCGCGUGCGUCCUCGAAAUUUCUUUCUGCGCCCUUAAAAUACCGGCGCCUGCUACGCAGGCUAAUUAAAGUUCUCUACUCCGUAAGCUAAAGGGAAAAUAGUUACAAGCUUUCGGCGCGACGAUUUCUGGGAGUGUUUGGGUGGACAUUUGCAAGUUACUUGUUGCGUUUGGACACCAUCGAGCGAUUACAAAUCUUGUCCACCAAACAGAUAACAGGAAUCUUUGUGCCGAAAGCUCUAAACUGAGCUUUUCUUCUUUUAACCGAUUGUGUUUCAGGUUAAUACAAUUGCACAAGCAAUAUCUGUGGUCAGUCAGUACGAAGAGGCAGCCAAAGUCUUCGUUGAUAACCAAGUUAAAACAUUUUGUAAGUAAAAUAAUGAAUUGUAACGAGGAAAGUACUAGGACGUUCACGACUAUCAGAAUGAAGGCAAGCGAGUCUUAGGGCGCUUACCAUUUGUCAGAACUGGCCGAAUCCAGUCGUAAACAGAUUUCCUGCCUUGCGUUUCGGUCUAUAUCCACCGCUAUUCACCUCCCCUUCAGGGGAUAGUUGUAUACUAUCCAGUUAGUUAAGUCUAUUUCUAAAAGUUAUUAUGAUAGUGAUCGGUUUUAGCGGAAAUUUCGAGGGAAGACUGAUAUUUUACUUUAAAAAUGACUGGUCUGAACGCCCUGUUCUGACUUUUGGUAAGCUCCUCAGUUUCCAGCCGUGUGCUGUGGCUUUGCAGUAAGAGGCCGUGCAAACGAGUGUCUGAAACUUGGUAAAAAUCGAAUUAAGGGUCUUUUGAACGGCGGCAAAAGCGUAACCAUGUAUGUAUUUAUUAUUGUUUUAACCCUUGGCUUAAAUUUUAAGACUUGAAAAUACUCGUUAGCCAUUUUAUUUCCUUGCGAGUUUUCCGCGUCUCGCCCAAAUCACGGUAUUCCAGAGAUAAAAUAUAUGCGCUCGGCCGUUUUUUUCUUAUUUUGUAUGUUAUGAUUGGCAAUCUGUUCUCUAUGAGUUAUUUCUUCUGUGAUUGGCAAUCCUUUAACCGCUGCUACAUUUGGUGAACAAAGACCUACUUUUUUUUGAGGUUCUAACACUGAUUUUCAUUUUUUUUCUCUCUCUCUCUCUUAAUUCUCAGCUAAUACAACGUUUGAAGGUACAAACCAAGUUGGAACGCCGAGAACAGUUAUUCCAAGGCUGCUGAUGAAACUUUUUUAACUUCUUUACCUUCAAUAUUGGAUAGAGUCUUUCCUACCAAUCAUAUUUUUGUAACUGCUCUUUUAUACAUUUCUGUAGUAUAAUCUCGUGGUGUGUAAAAAGCGCUUCAUCUUCGAAAAGAAGGAGCUUUUGCUUCGAGGAGUAAAGUCAGUAGAGUCGAUAUACCAGAGGCCGUGAGGCAUGAUCUUUACAUCCUUCAAAGGGACUCUAAGAUACCUUUCUGGCACUAAUUUUCGCUGGACUUGAGUUAAGCCAUUUUCGCGGUUGCCAAAAAAUCGCAAAAUUAAAGUCCCGUGCGAAAGGCAACCGCGAAAAUUAGCGACGCGAAACUUAAUGCCUUGGUGCACAAGUUUGUUAUUAAUCUAAGACUCGUUUGAAGACUUUGAAGAGCUAAUUGGUUUGUAGGCAGACAUAUCGUAAAUUCUGGACUGCACUGGAAAGUAGGUUAUAACGUUAUGCUUUGUCAAAACGAAAUCUUCAUUUCUCCAUUGUGAAAAUGAGUCAAAGUAGAUCACUUUUUUAGCGAGAAAGCUAGUUCUCUUUAACACGUUUUUAUUUUCCCGAAUCGCGACAGUUUGAGAAAGACUCGCAAUCGUGGCCAACGUAAGAGUACCUUUCCUCUGUUUUUCAAUCUAUGCGAAUUGUCGUGGCUUCGGAUUCAGGUUCAAAAUAUAAGUACUUGAAGGAUUCUGCCCAGCUUGGAAUGAGCUUUUGUAUAAAUUCCGCAUCUAAGAUUAAAUCGAGCACUGACAUUGUUGCGACAUGACGCAGGAUGGUUUAAUUUCAUUGUGUACACAUUGUCUUGUAUAUCACUCUCGGUGCCUUAAAAAACUCCUAUAAACAAGAAUGCUCGAAGAUAAAUCUACAAAAGACGUCAGUUUAAUGAUAAUGGCGGGUAAGGCCCGUA